CGCAGGGUUUCCGGUUAAAUCGGGGGUGCGGUUGUCGUUUGUUUGCUUUUCGCCAGAUCCCGGAAGUGAACGCGUUCAACACUGCGCAACUAUGGCGGCCAAAUGGUGUGCGUGGAACGAAGCUUGACGACAGGGGACAAAAAUCGAAAACUUGUACCGUGCAAGGAACGCCGCAAGCAGAGAGUUACACAGCGACUGAGGAUGGCAAUAACUAUAACGAUAAUACGGAAGACCGAUGAUCCUCGAGGAAUAUUCUUCGGCGUGAUUUUAGUGCCAUCGUGAGUGACGCAACGUGUUCCAGCGGGUUAUGACUAAUUAGCAAGAACCGCAGCCGGCAGCAGCAGCAGCAGCAGCAGCAGCUCAUUGUCAGUUAUUAGAGGCGCUUUGCACUCCCUGCACUUCAACUCUAACUAGAAAACGUCGACACAAAGGUCAAGCUGAGGAUGGGAUCCUUCGGGGUGUACAUGUCUCAGCUACGGGCAAUGCUCGUGCGGAAUCUCCUCUUGAAGAAACGAGAUAAGCGAAAAACAACGGCGGAGAUCAUUCUGCCGCUCUACACCCUUGGAAUACUGAUUAUCGUCAAGGUCUUGAUACCCAACCCAAAUUAUCCAGCAAUGACUACGCCGCGAGUGAAUGGUGGCGUGUUCGACGACUUCAGCCAAACGCAAAACCACACGAUCGCAGUGGUUCCCAACACUACCGAGACCCUUACUUUUCUCAACUCCAUGAACACUUUGUGGAUGUCCAUGUGGGAUACUCCGGUGAAGAUCCCUCUGAACUUCAUGAUCUUCGACACGGAAGACGACCUCCAGGCUGCCUAUUGGCGUGACCCUUCUAGCGUACCAUUGGCCGUCAUUUUCGAAAACCCUUUGCCGGUGUCGGACCGCCUGGAAUACGAGAUACGAACAAAUCCUUCGUAUCAGUCGACACCCUCACCGACGGAAAUGUACUCGUCACCUGUGACCUGUCGAAAAGACACCAGCCACUGGAUGGGCGGAAUCCUAUCCAUGGAAACUGGAGGCUCGUGCCCAGUAAAAAAUUAUUAUGACUCCGGCUUUAUAGCCGUACAACUUUUGCUGGACGUAACAAAAAUAAGACUCAAGACAGAAAAGAAUAUCACAGUGCCUAUGAUCAAGUUAGAGAUGUUUCCAAAAGAAGCAUAUACGGCGAAUUGGAUUCUCUACUUCAGAGUCGUAAUUCCACUUUAUAUGGUCCUGGCACUAUCGCAAUUCAUUACUUAUUUAUUGAUAUUAAUCGUCGGCGAGAAAGAAAACAAAAUUAAAGAAGGAAUGAAAAUUAUGGGUCUUAAGGAUUCUGUGUUUUGGAUGUCGUGGUUCAUUAUAUACGCUGUUUUCGUCCUGCUACUCUCCGCGGUUGCGGUAGUCCUCUUAUUUACUCUCCAAAUGUUUCAACACACUCAUUUUCUGCCCAUAUUUCUUUUGGUGGUGUUAUACAGCUUUUCGGUCAUAAUGUUUGGAUUUAUGAUCACACCCUUCUUCGACAAGUCACGGACUGCUGGAGUCUUGGGAAAUUUCGCAGUCACUAUUCUAAGCUUGAUGUACUUUAUCCAAGUUUUUGUGGAUGAUUCAAGCUCAAUUGCAUUCUGGGUAGCUUCCUUGAUCAGUCCUUCGGGUGUUGCUCUGGCUAUGGACAAGGCCCUAGUCCUGGAUUUGCAAGGGCAAGGUGUGAAUUUCGAUAAUCUAUGGUCUGGCCCAGGGAUUCCCUUUGGUGGAAGUCUCAUCAUGAUGACGUUGGACAUUUUCCUAUACAGCCUGUUAGCCUAUUAUCUCGAUUCAGUCGUUCCUAGUGAAUAUGGCGUCAAGCGAUCGCCUUUCUUUUGUUUUACUCCUGGAUUUUGGUGCAGAAGAAAAGUUCCACUGGUGCCAUCGUCAAACGGGGAAUCUAACUCUUUUAUCCCCGGCGAGGAGACAAACCGGGACGUUGAGCCAGUUGUCCGUGAGAUGAAGGGAAGAGAAGCCAUCAGGAUCGUCGAUCUUUACAAGUCGUACCAGAAGUGCCGGAAGCCUGAAGUGAAGGCCGUUAAUGGGAUCAAUCUGACAAUCUACGAAGGCCAGAUCACCGCGAUUUUAGGCCACAACGGUGCAGGCAAGACGACGCUUUUUAACAUUCUGACCGGUCUGACAGCACCGUCUGGUGGUACAGCAUUGAUCUUUGGCUAUGACGUGAGGGAUCACAACGACAUGCAGAUGAUUCGAAGUAUGACUGGCGUCUGCCCGCAGCAUGACAUUCUCUUCGACCUCCUUACGCCAAGGGAACACCUGGAGUUUUUCGCAGCGGUUAGAGGAAUACCGAGGACAAUGAUCGAGAUGGAGGUGAAAAAAACGUUGAAAGAUAUUGACCUAACUGAAAAGGCGGACGCGUUUGCAAAGUACCUGAGUGGCGGGCAGAAGCGCAAGCUGUCUGUCGGUAUCGCGAUAAUUGGUGACCCUAAGAUAAUCAUUCUGGACGAACCGACGGCCGGCGUUGACCCUUAUUCAAGACGACAGAUGUGGUCUUUCCUUCAAUCCAGACGACACGGUAAAGUGAUUCUUUUAACGACGCACUUUAUGGACGAAGCGGACAUACUCGCGGACCGAAAGGCCGUUAUUAGCAAAGGGAAACUUCGAUGUUGUGGAAGUUCUCUUUUUCUCAAGAACAAGUUCGGAAUUGGAUACCACUUGACGCUGGUGCUGGAAGGCAAUCCUCGAGAACACGCGAUAACUCGACUCGUGUCUUCGCAUGUGUCGAAGGCCGAAAAAGCGAGGCGACACGGCCGUGAGCUUAGCUUCAUUCUGCCUCACAAUUCGGUCGAAAAUUUUGCUCCAUUAUUUUCGGCAAUCGAACAGGAAAUCAAAACAAAGAACUACAGGCUUGGAAUUAGCAGCUACGGUGUGUCUAUGACAACACUUGAGGAGGUUUUCUUGCACUUGGAAAGGGACGAGGAAACUGAGUGUACGAUGGACAAUCUGUCGAAAAAAAUGGUGAGAAAUCGAGCUUUGAGCAGAUCUUUAUCCUUGCAGUCGAAAAGCACUUCUUAUCAGAGUUUGCAGAACGAAGGUGCAGCUGUUCAAGCUGACGGACAAGUUAAAGCUGCUGGCGAUGUGCCAGACGGAGUGCAUAACGAGAAGAACCCUGUUGUUUUGGGAUUGGGACUGGAUCCCGUCAAAACCCGGCCUAACUUUUGCCAGAUUCUCAAGGCCAUGUUACGAUUGAGGGUACUGAGAUUAUUUAGGAACAUUCAGCUACUUUAUUUCACCAUAGUUGCUCCCUUGGCUCUCGUUGCUCUCAGCCUUUACAUCAAUAGCAUUCAAACGGUGGACAUCAGAAUGCAGUCCCUGGACCUUAAUCAUGAUACUUACGGCAAAGAAACUAGAAUUCUUUACACGAACAAUACGGAUAAGAAUAUUACCCCGUUGAUGAAUUACAUCCUCAAAGAUAUCAAAGAGGUUGAUGAAUAUGACGGCAGUUUUGUUGACCUACUCCAUGUAGCACCUCGCAUGGCGGCCUUUAACAUCAAUGAUUACGACAUUGCAAGUUUGAAUUUGACGAUGAUGUACAACGAUACGAUGCAGCACUCUCUUCCUAUUCUGGUCAACAUCAUUUCAAAGGCGAUGUACAGAUUAUUAACAGGCGACACAGCAGACCCUCGGCCUAUACAAGUCAAAACGCAUCCAUUCCAGCAAACUUCUCAACCGCAAGAGUUCAAUAUAGGAAUUGGAAGCUCAGCACUCUUCAUUGGAAUGAUAUUUGUACUCAUUCCCAUAAUACUCGCAGUAGAUAUGGUAUAUGAUAGAGAGAUAAAAGCUAAAAAUCAACUUCGAGUGAACGGCUUAUCGUUCUCAAUGUAUUUUUUGACUUACUUCAUCGUAUUGGCUGGACUUAUGGCUGUCAUCAGCCUGUGCAUCCUUGGAAUAAUAUUUAUAUUCAACGUUCCGUCCCUGCAAGAGCCACCCGCGCUCAUAACGUUGGCUGUCUUGCUAAUGCUCUAUUGUCCCUCGUCCAUUCUUUUCUCCUCAUGUCUCAGCUACAUCUUUGACAAGAUGGACUCGGCGCAAAGUAUUCUGCCAAACAUAGUGACAAUCGUUGGGAUGGUUCCCUUUCUUCUGGUCAUGGGACUUGACAUGUUAGGCCUGGGUGGAACUGCGGCCUUUGCUCUUCAUGUGGUCCUUUCGCUACUGAACACCAUGUACGUUCCGUAUGCGGCCGUCUAUUACGUGGACCGCGUCCACUUAAUGUGCUCAAUAAACGCGGCAUGCCAUCACUUGACCAUGUCGGACUACCUGACCACGGAAAUCAUAUUAAUGGCUGUCGGUGUGAUAUUGCACAUUCCGAUUUGGUUCAUCAUUCUCGUCAUGUUGGACAUCAAGAAAACCGGCGGGAACAUUAGCGACGCCCUGAAGUACUUCCUGCGCAACGGAGGAUCGAUAGGCGAAGAAAUCAUGGAGAACUCGGACGUUGGCGAACACGAAGAUAGCGACGUGAAGGCCGAGAGGCAAAGAGUAUUCAAUUUGAUGGCCGCUUCCGUUCAAGAACCACCGGUCGUGAUGGUCCAGAACUUGCGCAAGGAGUAUCGAAACAGAGAAAUCACGCCGUGUAGCUGCUGCACGAAACGGGACGACGAACCCGUGCCCAAGCGGAAAGUCGCUGUGCGAAAUCUUUCGCUUGCCGUUGAACCGGGCGAGGUAUUUGGUCUCUUGGGACACAAUGGCGCCGGGAAAACUACCACGAUGAAGAUCAUAAUUGCCGAGGAGGCUGCGACCCGGGGGCGAGUCCAAAUCGGGGGAAAUAACAUAACGUCGCAGAUAACCGAGGCCUUUCGACAAAUGGGCUACUGCCCGCAGCACGACGCUCAGUGGAAGAACAUUACUGUUAGAGAACAUCUCGAGUGUUACGCUGCGAUACGAGGUGUGCCCUCAAGUGACAUUGGCAGGAUCGUCGAUCUGUACUUGUCGGGUCUUCAAAUUCACGAGCACGCUGACAAACAGUCCCAAGAGUGCUCAGGGGGUACCAGAAGGAAAUUGAGCUUCGCCAUGGCGAUGGUUGGUGGUCCGAAAGUCGUGCUUAUGGACGAGCCCAGCACCGGUAUGGAUCCCCGCUCGAAGAGGUUUCUCUGGGACACAAUCCUCGCCAGCUUCCAGGUUUCGGUUGCACAGGGGGGCAGAGGGGCGAUCCUGACCACCCACUCGAUGGAGGAGGCCGACGCCUUGUGCUCCAGAGUGGGUAUCAUGGUCAAGGGCGAGCUGAGAUGCAUAGGCUCGACCCAGCACCUCAAGAACCUCUACGGAGCCGGGUACACCCUGGAGAUGAAGCUGUUGGGGGGCGAUUGCACCCCAACGACACCGUCCGGGGACCGGAUAUCCGGACUGAAGGAAUUUGUCGCGGGUCUUUUCCCAGACGCUACUCUCGAGGAAAGUUUUGCCGACAGGCUGGUCUUCGGUGUUCCGCAGCAUGCGGUGCAGUCACUGGCUGAGUGCUUCACGCAGCUUGAAAAGGCAAAAUUGGAAUUGGACAUCGAAGAAUACAGCUUCAGCCAGACGACCCUCGAGCAAGUGUUUCUUAAAUUUUCUCACUACGACGAAGUGAACGGGGGCGAAUAAUGAUGUGAGUGAAAGAUAAAUAUUUCGAGUGAAAAUGAUCAAAGGGAACUGAUCGACUCGCCGACGCGACGACGUAUACAGUGACACAAUAACGUCGAUCCGGAUUGACGAGAAAAUUAAACGAGCAGAGCCUGGGACCAUAGAGGGUGAAUAGUGUUCGAACAUGUAUAAAAAGAGAAAAUAAUAAUAAUGAUUUAUCUGUACAGAUAAUAAUGGUAGUCAUAAUAAUAGUGAGAUUAACUAUUAUUAUUACUGUUAUUAUUGAUUGUUAUUAGGGAGAAUUAUCUAGUUUAUCAAUAUUAUUAUAUACAGGUCCGUACGUCGGUAGUAACAUUGCACUGUCACAAAACUCGUACUACUCGUACUACUAAAUACUUAGAUGUUAAAAACAAAUCGUCUUAAGUAAAUUAGGAAACCGAAACAUAUUGAGGUCGUUGAUGUUCGUCGCAAAUUGUAACGAUCGUCGUCAUUUACAUGUUUAAUUAUUUUUAUUUUUUUUAUAGAAACGGUAAAAGUUGUCAAUUUUACUUUAAAAAACAACAACAACAACAGCAAAAAAAAAAAAAACAAACAACAACCAGCAAACAGUUUUACCGUAUUACGAUUAUGUAAAUAGUUACAAAAUACAUAUACAGUUAAAUGCAGCGUUAUCAAAGUAAAAGAAAAAAAAACUUACACUCGAGAUCUCACUUAUAGAACUUUCGGCUAAUGAGCAUAACUGUAGACUCUGAAACUUAAAUUCGACUGUAACUAACAUUUUGGAAAUGGUAAGUGAAAAUGUUAUAUAGUAUGUACGGCUGACAAAAGUAGCGGAAAUUCUUCUUCUAGUUUAUA